GUGUCAAAGCUAUAUGUAAUCAUCUGGGUGUUGCACUUGAACGGAAACUCUGAGUCCCACCCACCUUUGACAAAUAGGCUACACAUUACUCUGGCUUCUUCCUGAAGAGUCCGUUUCAGGAAGACACGCAGCAGCAGCAAGGUAAAAGAAUGAGUUAUCCUGGAUAUCCUCCCCAGACUGGCUACCCUCCCCAAGCGGGUGGAUACCCAUCCCAGCCUGGAGCUUAUCCUCCCCAACCAGGCGCCUACCCACCCCAGGCUGGGGGUUAUCCACCUCAGUCAGGGGGCUACCCUCCCCAGGCAGGAGGGUAUCCUCCUCAGCCUGGCGCAUACCCUCCACAGCCUGGCGCAUACCCUCCUCAGCCUGGCGCAUACCCUCCACAGCCUGGCGCAUACCCCUCCAUGCCUCCUUCAGGAGGUUGGGGUGCUCCCGCAAACCCUGGAUUUAAUACUCCUGGCCUGGCAGGAGUGGCCAACCAGAUCUCAUCUGCCAUGGGGGCCUUUAAUCCAUCCAUGUUCAAUCAAAUGCCCGGUGGUUACCCUAACCAACAGCCCAUGUACCCACAGCAGGGACCAGGCAUGCCCCAAGGCCCUGGGAUGGGCUACCCAGGUGGGCCACAGCCAGGCCAGCCUAUGCCUGGUUAUCCCGGUGUACCCGGCUUGAACCCAUCCAUGCCCGGCUACCCCAGAGCACCAUCGCCAAACCCGUCCAUGCCAGCCUACCCCAAAGUGCCUUCACCCAAUCCGUCCAUGCCAGGGUAUGGAGGAGGUGCUCCGGUCGCUCCUGCCAUCAAUAGAGGAUUCAGGGGGAGCAUCAAGGACUUUCCAGGAGCAGAUCCUUUGAGAGAUGUGGAGGUUCUAAGAAAAGCCAUGAAAGGUUUUGGGACAGAUGAACAAGCCAUUAUUGACCUACUUGGCAGUCGCUCAAACAGGCAACGUGUUCCUCUCCUGGUAACAUUCAAGACUGCAUAUGGAAAGGAUUUGAUUAAAGACCUGAAGUCUGAGCUCUCAGGGAACUUUGAGAACCUGGUGCUGACUAUGAUGAGGACUCCAGCCCAGUUGGAUGCCUGUGAGCUCCACGACGCCAUUAAGGGAGCUGGCACUGAUGAGGCCUGCCUGAUCGAGAUUCUCUCCUCUCGAUCCAAUGCAGAGAUUCGAGAAAUCAAUCAGAUCUUCAAAACAGAGUACAAAAAGAAACUGGAAGACGCCAUUAGUGGAGACACCUCAGGUCAUUUCCGUAGACUCCUGAUCUCUCUUGCUCAGGGCAACCGCGAUGAAAGGGAAAAUGUGGAUGUGUCUUUGGCUAAGCAAGAUGCUCAGAGUCUCUAUGCUGCUGGAGAGAACAAGCUAGGCACAGAUGAAUCCAAAUUCAAUGCCAUCCUGUGCGCCAGGAGCAAGCCUCACCUCAGAGCAGUGUUUAAUGAGUACCAGCAGAUGUGUGGUCGAGACAUUGAGAAGAGCAUUGGCAGAGAGAUGUCCGGUGACCUUGAGAGUGGCAUGGUGGCUGUCGUUAAGUGCAUCAAAAACACACCUGGCUACUUUGCUGAGAGGCUGUACAAGGCUAUGAAGGGUGCUGGGACCAAAGACCGGACCCUGAUCCGUAUCAUGGUGACCCGCUCUGAGGUGGACAUGCUGGAUAUCCGACAGGAAUACUCGAGGACUUAUGGGAAGUCUCUCUACAAUGCCAUUAGUGGUGACACUUCAGGGGACUACAAGAAACUCCUGCUGAAGCUGUGUGGAGGGAGUGACUAGGGGAAGGCUUCAGCGCAGGACGGAAGAUCUGACAUCAUUCGAGUCAUUUCAAAUAUGCAUUUGCUCUACGCCUGAUUCACAUUGUAAACCAUUUUACUGCAUGCAUUAAGUUGCCUAAAAGCACCUUUCAGCAAACAAAUAUUUCUUUUACUAUUUUUAUAAACAUUUUUUUUAAGAAUGUUUCAUAUGUUUUGAUGUGUGAUCUAUGCAGCUGUAUAUGCAAAUAUUGGUGCCAUUUAAUUAGUUUGGAAAUGUUGAGACAAUCAUAUCAGAUUUGGUGGAUUGGCUAGAGUGGUACAGUGGAGCAUUUCAGCUUCUAAUACACAUAUCUAUUUAUUUUUAUAUAUGCUCACAAGUCCUUUCCCACAUGCUAUACAACAAUCAAGCGUUGUGCUGGUAUACAGUCCUUUUAAAAGGUGUAUAGUGCUACUGAUUAUAGAGAUGUACUUUUCCUUUCAUUGUUUCUUAAAGUGCCAAUCAUUUAAUUUACUUUAUGUUUGUUUUUCUGAUCAUCUAAUAUAGUUUAACCAUUUAUCAUUUGUAGCUGUGUUUACAGUUCACCCUAUCAGCUACAGAUUACAAUAAUUUGGGAAAAUUAUUUAAAACAUGACAUGCCACAGAAAAACCACACAAGACACAUAUCUUUAAAUAAAAAACCCAACACAUCGUCUUGUUAGGUGGCUGUGAACAGUCUGUUUACAGAACUGUUCUCCAAAUAGGAGAUGGAUGGAAUCAAAUCUAGUGCCAGAAGAAAAGCAAGCCGUCCAAACAGCUGUGAUUAUAUUCCAAGCAGCAGCCUGUUAGUAAGCUCUUAAGGAACAUCCUCCCCUUUACCGUAAAUGAGACACUCACCUUUUGAAGUGCUGCCUGACUGUGACCUCAAAGCAUCACUCUAAUGAUGAAUCCCCACUGAGCUGAGGAUGAGUCACCCGGCCGCUCUCAUCCCUCCCUUACCCCACGUCCUCCUCCACCUUCACCCCCUCUCAGCUCGCUCUUGCUUCAGGGUAACACACAGCAAUUAGAGGGGAUGCUCUGUUUGGGGGGGAAUUCAGCAUCAUCACACUGUGGGCCCCCUAUAUGAGCCCAAUGCUAUGUUUUUAUAUCCACGUUUCAUUGUCCUUAUUCUGCAAUAGUUCUGCUUUGAAGGCAUUCUAUUUUGUGCCUAGCAUGUUUUAUAUCCUUGCCAGUAGAGGGCAGCGGUGCCAUUACUUUAGUGAUGUUCAAGCUGUAUGGCAGAUGCAAGAGAAAGAAAUGGAUGAAGCAAUAAUAAAAUGUUCAAGUCCAAA